AUGGCGGACGACGAGGCAACCAUCAACCUCAGGAUUCUCUCGCCAUCGACCGAGGUGGAAGGCGGCAUCUCUUUCCCAGACCUGCCCGCUUCGACGACAAUCAAAGAGCUGCGGAGUCGCAUACAGGAUGCAGUGCCCUCUAAGCCUGCCCCCGGACACAUGCGCCUGAUCUACAGAGGCAGAGUAGUAGCGAAUGAUGAAGACACGCUGGGCAAUGUCUUUGGUGCCGAUAGCAUCCGUGAAUCCAACCAGCAAAGCCUCCACUUGGUCUUGCGAGAACCACCAUCAACUGACACUCCCUCUUCCUCACCCGCCCCGCGGUCUUCCACCGCCCCACCAAAUCCCUUCCGACCCGCUCAAGCUCCCAUAGCUGCGAGCCCUCCGCUUCAGACCAAUCCCUUUCGAACCAUACCACAACCCAGACCAAACUCGCAACCGCAGAUACCACAGCCGCACCAUCACCACCCUCCACAUCACCACAUACAGGGCCCUCCCAACACGUUCCCAAUACCCAAUUUGGAGCAACAUCUGCGCCAAACCCUAGCCCAACAUGCACAGGCGACCAAUAUGCCAGCCCCGAUCCCGCAAGGCCAACAGCCUAGCGGAACUACACCUGCAGCUGUCAACGGUGGCCAAGUACCACAACCUGGACCCGGACAGGUACCUUUAAUGGCCUUCGGACAGCCGAACCUCCCGCCAACUGGGGCAAGAGUCGUACGACAAGAAGGAAUUGGACCUAAUGGCGAGCGAUGGUCCGUCACAAUCAACGAGACCAACGUCAAUAUCCCUCUCACACCCAACUUACCCGUGCGUCCACAACAGCCUGCAGUUCCGCGGCCAUUUACGCUUCCUCCCGGCCUCGGCCUGCCACCUCGUCCCGCAGCAAUACCUACGUCUACCGAUGUCAUAGAUCGCCUGUUGCCACGUAUCAGGCCAAUACUACAAAGCGCGAGGCAAGAGAUGGAAAACGUGAGAACUAUGUACCAGAUGCCUGGGGGACAACAGCCAGGUUCAGCGGGACAACUUGCAGCGGUUAACCCUCCCAGUUGGCGUGUCGAACGCAUUCGAGAGCAUGUCCGGACUAUGAGCCAAAAUCUGGAUUUGGUUGAACGGGGGUUGGCCGUCAUUCUGGCCGAUACAACUUUGGCCCAAAAUGCCGAUGUUGUUGCUCUCAGGCAAUCGGCCAAUGAGCUCAGGGCGCACGCAGAGGAGAUGAAUCGUAUGUUGGCUCGCGAACAGGGUGACACCGUUCCUAGUCAAACACCCUCUACUACGGGAGCCUCUCCUAGUCCGGCGCCUGAGGCAACUACCUCUACUCCAUUGAUACCCACCUCAUCCCCACAAAGACUAAACACCGCACAGUCAAUGCUGGCAGAUACCCCCGCGGAGCUGUUUAUCUUGUCAAGCCCGCAAGGACCAGUUGGUAUUCUUUUCGACCAGCGGGGUACAUACUCCACGGCCCCUAUGGUCUCGACCCUACCAUUUCAAACUUUCACAAAUCACUUCGCACAGAACAGGCAACUCAUUGCUGGAAUUGGGCAGCAGAUUGCUCAGGGUUCCCAUCAGUUGCAUACCCAGCUAGCCAAUAUCCAGCCAACACCGAUGCAACAGGCCGCAACUGGUGGGCAAGCUGCAAACCAGCCCCACGAGCAGGCACAAAAUCAAGUCCAGAACCAGAAUCACAAUCACAAUCAAAAUCCAAUUCAGAACGCAAAUCCACCAGCAGAACAAGAUCGUAUGGUGAACGUUGCCGGCCACUUGUGGCUCAUCCUCAAACUAGCCUGCUUCGUCUACUUCUUUGCUGGCGGGGGCGGCCUCUACCGGCCCAUUAUGCUAGGCACCAUCGCCGGUAUUGUCUACCUCGCACAAAUUGGCAUCUUUGAGGAGCAGUUCAACCUUGUACGGCGGCAUUUUGAAGCCAUCUUGCCAGUUGGUGCCUUGGCUGAGCGUGGUGCUCAACCGGCGAAUCCCGACGUCAAUAAUAACCAAGGACAGCAGCGAAAUGGUUCAAUGGGCAAUUUGACACCCGAGCAGGCGGCACAGCGAUUAUUACAGCAAAGACAAGAGCAGAGGUUUGGAUGGGUUAGGGAGAGUAUGAGGACUGUAGAGCGGAGCUUUGCGCUUUUCGUGGCAAGCCUGUGGCCGGGGAUUGGGGAGAGAAUGGUCCAUGCCCAAGAGGAGCGAAUUAGGGCAGAGAGGGUGGCGGAAGAGGAGAGGCAACAACAGGAGCAGGAGAAGCUGAGACUAGAAGCUGAGGCACAAGCCCAAGCAGAAGAGAAGAAGGACGAGGCAAAUGCGCAAGGAGAAGCUGGUGAGCGUAGUGAGACGACUAGGAGUGCAAAGGGCAAGGAGAGGGCUGUGUCUGCCGAGGGUGAGGCAUCAACAUCGAGCCAGGCUUCAUAG